AUGGCUUCCGUUUCAUCUCUAGAUCAGGACAUGCGCAGACUGCGCAUGGAACGCGUUACAAGUGAAGCUGAAAACGAAGUACGGACUUUCAUCGAACAAUCCCUUAAGACGCGACUCCCAGGAGGCAGUCUUUUCGAUUCCCUCAAAAAUGGAAUAAUACUUUGCGAACUCGUCAAUCUCGCAAUACGUCACCCUGUGAAGCCAAAUCUCAACCCUACACAUUCAGCCCAGGAAAGGGAAAACAUCUCGUUAUUCCUCACGGCAUGCCAGGGGCCCGAACUCCACCUCCCAUCCCACGAUAUGUUCCUCACCGUCGACCUCUACGAUUUAAAGGAUCCAGCACAAGUUCUGCAAUGUCUUGUGGCAUUCAGCAGGGCAGCGCAUUUUGUCGACCCUUCAAGAUUUCCAAACCCGAUAGGCGGAAAGUCGCGCAGUGGAACUGUGACCCCACAGAGAACUGGGACGCCUACAGCUAGGGGACGAGGUGUCUCCAAUGCUAAUAAUUCAUCGUCUGUAAACAAUCCCAGCUCCUCAACACCAGCUAGAACUGACGCGAUUGCUGAUAGAUGGGGUCCUACAAAAACCAGCACUACUUCGCCAAAGUCCGUUAGUAGCUGGAGUAAGAAGUCUGACGAAGGUGCCACCGCGCCGGCCUGGAACAUUGCACAAUACGGUUACAUGGGGGGUGCAAGUCAAGGGAAUCUGGGUGUUUCAUUUGGUAGUCGACGGCAAAUCACAAGCGCUGGCCCGCAUGUGCCGAGCUUGGCUGAGAAAGAGAAGAUGAGGAGAGAAAAAGAGGCGGAAGAGGAACGAGUCAGAAUACAAAAUGAGCGUUUGAGGCUCGAGGAACAGGAAGCAGAAGAAAAGAGAGCGCGCAUUGCAGAGGAACAGAGAUGGGCUGAGGAGACGAGGAAACUCAGAGAGGAAGAGAGACUGAAGGCCGAAGAAGAAAAGCGAAGAUGGGAAGACGAAGAGCGCAGCUGGCGAUUAGAGGAAGAGAGAAGGCAGAAAGAAGAACGGGAAGCUGAAGCUAGAUUAGACGAAGAGAGAAGAAGGGUCAGAGGGAAAAGCGACGCUCGACUUCAGGGACAAUUCUUAAGUCAGUAUCAAGCAGAAAAUGGUAUCUCAAGAGGAAACAGCGGAGGACCAGAAAGCAACCGGAUCAAAGAGUUGGAGCGAGAACUCGAAUUGGCCCGGGAACGUGAACGUCAGUAUGAGCGAGAGAGGCAAGCGAAGCUGAAUCAGGGCAGUCGCCAAGCUGUUGAAGACCAUGACUUGACUGUCCGGAUGAAAGAGGAAACUGCAAAGACGCGCUCUCGUUCACGCAGUCGGCCACGAGCAUCCUCGAGGAAGGAUAGCGAUGAGGUCUGGAGGGAAGACGAGAGAGAUUACAUCCGACGAAAUUGGGAGGCCUGGAAUCAGAACGGGGGUUUGAGUGUGGCCCAACAACCACCACCCAAACCACCUCGCCCUCUGCCGGAACCUACACUCCCAGUGCGCGUGAAGACCAACAAUACAGGGCCUUCAUCAAGACCGCUUCCAGACCCGGCAAAAUAUGCAUCACCAAAUGAACCUCCCCAGUCAAUGUCGUCACAACAAAAUCGCACAGAUCGCUAUCUAUCUUCCAACCCCGCUCCUCAACCAGUUCAACCUAGAACGACAUACUCAAACGAAAUCGGUGGCUUCGAUAGUGCUGCUGAGCGAGAUGCUGAGGACAAACGUCGGCUUGCGUCUCAAACUAAAACCAAGGCCGGAGGCUGGGCAUCGAAAUCCCUACUUGAGAGGGAGAUGGAGAUGGAGAGACAACGGCAGCAAGAAUGGGAAGAAAGGCAGAAGGAGAUCAAGGAUAAGGUUCCCACCGGUACUGGGGUGGACGGCAUUGGUGGAGGUAUCGAUGGGAAAUGGGACGUCAACCAGUGGACUGGAUACACCGGUGGUGACGGACAAAAUCGGGGUAGUCAGGGGAUUGGGGCCGGGCGAAGGCAAAUCGUCGGACCUAGGCCGCCGCCUGGAAGAUAA